AUGAACCCGAGAGACGGUAUCACGGGGCCAGUUGAACGCUGCCGGCCGAACGGCCUCAACGUGUGCCCUCUGCCGCUCCGAUACUCCUGACCUUUGAACCAUCACACACCACUUCACACUCUGCGCCGAUCGCUUUUGACUUUCUUCUCCGUGUCAUACUUGCAACUGCUGCUACGUUUUUUUUUGGUUUUUGUUUGUUUUGCGCUAAACGAAUCGACGAUCGAGUUUAAUUUCCUUCAUUUUUUUUUUGUUUGUUUGUUGGAGGGGGCAUUUUUACCUCGACCUUCUCCUGACAAACGAUCGGUUUGUGUUCGCUAAAAUCUGUGUGUGCGUGUUGCGUGCGGGAAAGACGUCGCCAACGUCCGUUUUUGGAAUAACUCACAAUCAAGUGGUACCGUGAUGGAUCGUCAAUCGUGCCGCUCGGUGUCUCUUUGCGAUUGAAUACAAGACAAAAUCAGAGCGAGUGAAAGGAGGACGCUGUGUGUGCCUGUGUUUUGAAACGGAUCCUCUACUCGUGUCUACACACACACGGGACUUAAAAAAAAAAAAAAAAAUAAAAAUAGUGUUAAAAAAAUUGUUGUUCAAGAAAGAAAAUUACGAGUGUCUGUGUCAAGUGUCGUGUGUGCGUCGCUGUGCGAAAACAAAUAAAAGAAAAUCCCGAAGAGGAAGAAAUCCCCCCAAAUAAAAGAAUAUCAACAAGAAGAUAGCGGCGUCAUCAUAGCGUCGUUUCCGCUACUGUCGGGCUCGGCCAUGUCGCUGAUGGGAACGAUGCCAUCGGGGGUCCUGCUGGGCGGCGGAGGAGUCGUCGGUCCCGGCGGAUGGCGAGAUGUCGGCUUGACGAGCGUCGUCGACGAUCCCAUCGGACCCGUCGUCGGAUCGGCCUCGCUGGGCGGAUUGGGCGGACUGGCCAUGACUCCGCACCACCAGCAGCAGCAACAACAGCAACAGCAGCAGCAACAACAACAGCAACAGCAGCAACAACACCACCAACCUCCGCCGCAGAUCUCGACGCCAGGAUCGCAGGCCUCUUCCGGCGCCUCCUCGUCGGCCUCCAAUAACGGCAAGGACGCUCCCAACGUCGAGUGCGUCGUCUGCGGCGACAAGUCAUCCGGAAAACACUACGGACAAUUCACCUGCGAAGGGUGCAAGAGUUUCUUCAAGAGGAGCGUACGCCGGAACUUGAGCUACUCGUGCCGCGGGAACCGGAACUGCCCGGUGGACCAACACCACCGGAACCAGUGCCAAUAUUGCCGUCUGAAGAAGUGCCUCAAGAUGGGCAUGAGGCGAGAAGCUGUCCAGCGGGGUCGAGUUCCACCUUCGCAGCAUCCCGGUUUCCCUGGCCAAUUGUCGCUGGCGAACGGCAUCGGCGGCGGUGGAGGCGGCGGCAACAUGGGCAUUGGCGGCGGAGGUGUAGGCGGAUUAGGCGUCGGCAACGACGGAGGCAUCAACGGAUCGCACGGCUACCUGUCCAGCUACAUUUCUUUGUUGCUGAGAGCCGAGCCGUACCCGACGUCGCGCUACGGCCAGUGCAUGCAGCCGACCAACAACAUUAUGGGCAUCGACAACAUUUGCGAAUUGGCCGCCCGGCUCCUCUUCUCGGCCGUCGAAUGGGCCCGCAACAUCCCCUUCUUCCCCGAUCUCCAGGUGACGGACCAGGUGGCCCUGUUGCGUCUAGUGUGGAGUGAACUGUUCGUGUUGAACGCGUCGCAGUGUUCGAUGCCGUUGCACGUGGCUCCGCUGUUGGCCGCCGCCGGACUUCACGCCAGUCCCAUGGCCGCCGACCGUGUUGUGGCUUUUAUGGAUCACAUCCGCAUCUUCCAGGAGCAAGUGGAGAAGCUCAAAGCCCUGCACGUCGACUCGGCCGAGUACUCUUGUCUCAAAGCCAUCGUCCUCUUCACCACAGACGCUUGCGGAUUGUCGGAUGUGGCGCACAUCGAGAGCCUGCAGGAAAAGUCGCAGUGCGCCUUGGAAGAGUACUGCCGGACGCAAUACGCCAAUCAGCCGGUCCGCUUCGGCAAAUUGCUCCUGAGGUUGCCGUCUCUCCGCACCGUGUCGUCUCAAGUCAUCGAGCAGCUCUUCUUCGUCCGGCUGGUGGGCAAAACACCCAUCGAGACGCUCAUCCGCGACAUGUUGCUCUCCGGUUCCAGUUUCAAUUGGCCCUACAUGCCGUCGAUGUAAAGCACACACACACACACACACACACACUUUACUGUUCUAUUCUCCGUUUAUGCGGAUCUUAUUUUGUCCGCUGGGCGAAAUUUCAAUGUUUGCCUGUGCCACGUUUGCAGGAAAAAAACGAUUUCUCUCUUUU